AGGGACUCUGCAUGUGAGCAGGCGGACUUUCGAGCAUCAGAGCCGCGGAUCUCUCCGGCUUCGGAUUCCAUGCUGGGGUCGCUUACGCGACGCUGUCGCGAGCAGCAAGUGACCUCUCUUCAGCUUCUCUGUGCAUGGUCGCUGUACCAUGUGCCUCAUCGCCGGACGCAGUACUUAGGUGCUCGGGCCGCGAGGGUGUCUCGGUACCGCGGGCUCCCUCUUCAGUCUUGACCAUCCACCACGAUGUUGAAGCCCACUCUCCUCGCCGCAGUGCUGUCCGCAUCGGGGGUGCUGGCCCUCAAAAAUGGCGUCGGCGUGACCCCUGCUAUGGGGUGGAACCCGUACAAUGCCUUCCUGUGUAACACGGUCGAGUCGCAGUACAAGGCCCAAGCCCAAGCGUUCGUCAAUCAGGGCUUUCCUGCACUGGGAUACAACUACUUCAACAUGGACUGUGGCUGGCAAUCGACGGCGCGGACUUCGAAUGGAUCCAUCACCUGGGACCCCUCCAUAAUCCCAGACGGUGUCCCCAACUUGGCCAGCUUCGUGCAUGGACUCGGCCUCAAAUUCGGUGUCUACUCUGACGGAGGCGUGUUUGCAUGUGAUUUUGUCGGUGGGAAGGCCCACUACGUGGGCUCUCUGGGACACGAAGCCGCCGAUGCUGCGACGUUCGCUAAUUGGGGUGCCGAUUACCUCAAGUACGACAACUGCUACGCCGUCAACAGCACCGACUUUGUCGACGAUACCCCUCCCAUCUCUAUCGAGGUCAGUCUCCUGAUAUCCAUCGCAACCAACAUUCGAAGAGUCAUCUGACUGCAGGCCCACUACUCAACUAUGCAAUCUGGCUUGGCUGCGACUGGUCGGGCCAUCAACUUCGCUGCCUGCGAAUGGGGAGUACAAGAUCCCGCCCGCUGGCCGGCAAGUUCUGUGGCCAACUCGUGGAGAAUCGCCAACGACAUCGGGCCACCCCCGAGCUGGGACAAUCUAUUCCGGAUCAUCAACCAGCUUGUGCCGAUCACGCAGUUUGCCGGUCCAGGAGGUUUCAAUGAUCUUGACUUGCUGGAAGUCGGGAAUAGCGGUCUCUCUGUGGAUGAACAACAGACUCAUUUCGCGUUCUGGGCUGCGGUCAAAUCUCCGCUGUUCAUUUCGACCGAUCUCACCACGGCUACCGCAGCAACGCUGAACAUCCUGAAGAAUCAGAGAAUCAUCGCUCUCAAUCAAGAUUCGCUUGGAAAGUCGAUUGUCUUCAAGAGACGAUACACGAAUGACCACGAUGUCUGGGCGGGUCCUCUAUCUGAUGGCUCGACAGUCGCUGUAAUCAUCAAUUGGCAAACUUCAAACCGCUCGCUUACCUUCAACCUGGCUGAUGUUGGCUUCACCUCGGCGACGGCCACAAAUCUCAUCACUGGCGCAUCUCUCGGAAAGCUAACUACUUCCUUCACCGCCACCGUUCCCGCCCAUGGCUCGAUGGUGCUGAAGCUCACUGGAGGUACCGCAGCUGCUGCUCCUCAAUUCACAUACUACGCUGCCACAUCCGGAGCUCUUUCCGGAGGAGCUGCGACCCGAGUUGUCAGCAGCUCUGUGUCUGUUGUGGGCUUCGUUGGAUUGGGCGGAGUUCUGACAUUCUCUGGAGUCGAUGGCGGAACCUCCGGCGGAACCAAACUGGUUUCCUUUGACUACAUCAACGGAGAUGUCACGUGGAGCAACACCGCCUGCUCGAAUUGCCGCAAUGCCCUGGUAAGCGUGAAUGGCGGUGCAGCUGUGCAGGUCCAGUUCCCCCUAUCUGCCCAAAGCUGGGAUAUCUUGUUCCAGGGCUAUCUGGUUUCACUCUCCGGAUUCAAGCCGGGCAAGGUCAACACAGUCGUCAUUCAAAACUCUGCGGCGUACACGCCUGAUUGGUGGAGAAUGGGCGUAGUUGUUUAAUCUUGUAAUCUGUCGCGUGUGACAAGCCGGAUGGCUGUGCUUCUUAUCUCUGUUUCGCCGCGAUUACACGUGAUCGCGUAUACCUAACCUUAACCUGACUUAUUCACAUCAUCGCCUCAUCUCAUCGUCCAUCUCUCGAAUCUCCACCAUGUCUCGUUUCGUCCGAGCCUCCAAAUAUCGCCACGUCUUUGGCCAACCUGCUAAGAAAGAGCAUGGCCUUGACAACGUCAAAGUAACCAACAGCGCCUGGGAUACCAAUGUCAUCGCUGCGUCGGGAGAAUACCUUAGUGUCAAUUGGAACGCAUCCGGCGGAGGGGCAUUCGCCAUCUUACCCCUUCCCUCGCCCUUCAACGCGACGGGGCUCUACAAGCUCCCUGACAACCUGCCCCUGGCGCGCAGCCACACCGCGCCCGUGCUAGAUACGGACUGGUCGCCCCACAACGACCGCAUCGUCGCCUCCGCCGGCGAAGACGGCAAAGUGAUGAUCUGGAAGGUCGAGCCGGCCGCGUUCGAGGGGUGGGGCAGCGAGGGGUGGGUCCCAACGGACUUCGAUCCCGUCGCACGGCUGGAUGCGUCUCCCCGCAAGAUCGGGCAGGUCCUGUUCCACCCGACCGCGUCGAACGUGCUUGCCAGCGCGUCCGGCGAACACACGAUCAAGCUCUGGGAUCUCGCGAACCCGGAGGACCCUCGGACCGUGCUCAGCGGACACACGGACACGAUCCAGAGUCUGUCGUUCAACCAGACCGGCACGGUUCUCGCGACGACGUGCCGCGACCGCAAGUUGCGGCUCUUCGAUCCGCGUGCUGGCGCCGACCCGGUGCGUGUUGGAGAUGGGCACGGAGGGAUCAAGGGAUCGCGCGUCGUGUGGAUGGGCGACAACGACCGUAUCGCUACGACCGGGUUCAGCCGAAUGAGUGAUCGCCAGGUCUCGAUCUGGGAGACAGGAGGAUUGGGCAACAUCAAGACUUUGGCGAUUGACCAGUCUGCGGGUGUGAUCAUGCCCUUCUGGUCGGACAACAACAUCCUAUUCCUCGCUGGUAAAGGAGAUGGCAACGUGCGCUACUAUGAAUACGAAUCGGACUCGCUGCACGGCCUGUCAGAGCACAAAUCAAGCGACCCUCAGCGCGGGAUGGCCUUCUUGCCGCGUCGGGCACUGAACGUAUCUGAAUGUGAAAUCGCGCGAGCCUACAAAGUUGCCGGCUCCUCCAUCGAGCCGAUCGCAUUCAUAGUUCCUCGCAAAGCCGACUCGUUCCAAGCCGACAUCUUCCCUCCUGCACCGAGCUCGGAGCCCAGUCUUUCUGCCGCAGAAUUUUUCUCAGGCAAAACUGCACCCGCACGUCUGGUCAACUUGGCUGAUGGGGUGAGCUUCGCUGCGAAAAGCGCUGGAUCGUCGCCUGCACCGGCCCCUGCAUCGGCCCCAGCACCCGCACCCACGAAAACUUACACCGCGCCCGCGCCCGAGCCCGCUGCUGCACCCAAAGCGGAGCCUGUGUAUUCCCGUCAAGCCAGCGUAGACUCAUAUGCUUCGCCUGUCACACCCUCUUCAGCUCAGAGCAUAUCACCAGCCCCCGUUCCGGUCGCUGCUGUCGCUCCCAGCAGCAGCAACAACAGCAACGAUCGGGCUCUGGCGGAAGAGAAUAGCCAACUCACUGCCGAACUGCGCGAGGCUCGUGAGAAGAUUCGCAAUCUCGAGCUGCAACUUGAGAGUGUGCGGGCCAACGCCAGAAAGGCUGCCCAAGCUCUGUUGGAGAGUUGAGCUCAAAGAAAAGCUCGGACAUCCGCCCUUGAUACAUACUGGAAUUCGUUUUCUGUUUCUGUUCAGGUUAUUGUCGCCUGCUCCAUACCUGUUCUAAUUUAUAUCAUCGAGACGUGUUAGCGACAUGGACAUGAGCAUCUGCAAGCUAAGCUUCCGCGCAAAGAACGUAAGUGGUUGAUGCCAGCGUCCUUGCCAUAAGCGGAUCAAUUGGUGAAAGUGACUAUUUUGCCGCCAAACAACGCACACUCCAUCCAUCGAUCCACCCACCACAAUGGCCACCGACCGAAUCCGCGAGAAACUGAGCCAACUGCGCGUGGAAGCGGACACCGCGAUCACGCGCGCCGAGGACGCCGAGAAGAAGGUCAAGACGCUCGAGAUGGAGCUGCUCGAGAAGGACAACGCUAUCUCCUCGCUCACCCACCGCCUGGAUCUGUCGACAACCGAGGUCGAGAAGCUCGAGGACAAAGUCAAGUCGUCGAAGCUCGAGCGCGAGUCGGACGAGUCGAACAGGAGCGCGAACGAGAGUCUACAGAGGAAGAUCCAGCUGCUCGAGGACGAGCUCGACACGACGGAGAAGAACGUCAAGGAGACUGUCGAGAAACUGCGGCAAGUUGAUGUGAAGGCCGAGCACUUCGAACGACAGCUCCAGCGCGCCGAGCAGGAGCGUGAUGACUGGGAGAAGAAAUAUGAGGCGAUGAACGAGAAGUAUCAAGCAUCCAAGACGGAGCUCGACGAACUCGUCCGCAGCAUGGAGGGCCUGUAGUCUCAGCCCUCUAUCGUACCAUCGCAUCGUCCCUCCUCUCUUCACUAUUUCCCAUACGUAUCACACUAUUCAAAGAAUUCUACACUGUCCACUGCUUGA